UUCACUUUUUAUUUUUCUAUGCGCCUCUCUUCACUUUCCCUAAUCUCUCAAACUCUGCAAAUUAAGAAUCCGGCGCAUCCAACUUAUACUGUCGUCUCCAACUCGUCAACUCCCUCAAGGCUCAACGACUUCAUCUAGGCCACACAUAAUCACGUCUAUUUGUUGUUUUCACUCUUUCCCGGUCUCUCUCUGUCGUCCGACGUAGCCGCCGCCUAGCCCUCGCCGGCUUGCCUCGUCUCCUUCGAUCGACGGCAGAAGUGAGGUAAGGCGGCAGCCUAUUAGGGUGUUUUCGAAGUUUGAUUUUUGUUUUCGCCUUACUGAAGAAUCCAUGGAUUAAGUCGAAUAUUUUGUAGAUAUACAGAAAUACUUGAAUAUUGCUUGAUGCUCAUUGCUUUUAUUCAUGGAUAAUGUUAAGAUGUAUGAAAUCAUUUGUUGAAGACAAAAAAACAAUAUAAAGCAGCCCUAAUUUUAUUUCUAAAUCAGUCUAAAUUAUGCCGUUUCUUCAUCUUCACUCUAUUUUUUGUUUUAAUUCUUUCAUCAUAACUCUGCUUCUCUAUGCGCCUCCUUUUUCUUCUCUUCUUUAUUCAGACCCUCUUCUUAUUCUUUCUUCUUGCUGGCAGAAUGUUUCCUUCUUUUUCAUCUCUUUUCUUCAGUUCCUUCUUGUUCUUUUAUUCUUUCCUCUCUCUCUCUCUCCUUUUCUAGUACCUCGCCGGCGCUCACCAAGCCCUAGCUCUCCCUUUCUCUCUCAUCACCACACUCUCUAUCUCUUUCAGUCGAUUGUAGAUAUAGAUUCCGUAACUAUACCCCGAGUUUUAUUAUCCAGCUGAAUUGCCGAUUAAUUCCGACAAGGUUUUAGGUAUGGGUUGGAGAUGCUCUAAAUUCUGAGAAACUUCUUCAAAUUUCUUCACCAUAGAAGAAAAAACAAGAAAAUGCCUGAGGAUUUAUGCAUUCAACACGCUCUCUUCGGUGGCGCUAUCUCCUCCACCUUCCCGCUCCGCUUCCAGGACAUAAGCAACAUACGCCAAGUUCCUGAUCAUCAGGAGGUUUUUGUUGAUCCAACGCGUGACGAGAGCUUGAUAUUUGAGCUCCUCGACUUGAAGACGGAUGUGGCAGAUCACGGAAGUGCCACAUGGUUUCUUCAAGACUUGGCUAAUGAGCAAGAUGCUGAAGGAACAAUGGUGCUAGAACAAUCAGGUGUAUUUGAGGCUGAUGGACUACGAUUUAGAAGCAGUCCUGCUGUCAUUACAACUGCAAUUGGGCAGAUGGGCAUAUCUAAAGGGAGACAGGGAAGAGAUGCACAAAACCUAGUUAAGGUUUAUCUAGCUAAUUUACGUCUCAAGGAUGUCGGCACUGAUGUUCUAAUUACUGCAUACGAGCCUGUGACGAUAAACCCUUUGAGUGAAAGUGCUGCCACAGUUGGGGCCGGCUUAGCCGUGCCUGCUGCACAGUCUGGAUGCAUGCCAAUGGAGGAGGUCUUUAGAGGUGCGGUCUCGAGUUUCAAGGUGAACGACUGGAGCCUUUUUGGUGCCGUGGCUUGAGGAAGCCAUCUUGCUUGCUAUUGUGUGGUGAGCAAUGUUAACUCUCAUCCUAAGUUUAUUUUUUGUAAGAAUCAGUGAAUCACAAUAUGAAUAGGCUUUUUUAGUUGGUAUAUAGUGGCCUUAUGUUAUAGGAUGUGACAUUGAGGUAUUGUUAUAUCACCAUUUCUCCUGUUUGUCUUUUAUCGACAA